UUUUUAUAAUUAAGCAGCAAAAUCGGAGAAGAGAGCGAAGAUAGAGCUAGAGAGAGAAAGAGAGAGGGAGAGAACGGCCAGAUUUAUUUCGAUUUUUUCGCAGCCGGCGAUCGGAAACUGCAAUCCAAAUCGUCCUGCGGAGAAGCAAGAUUGAGAUAUCGUGUAAGAAGAGGGCAGAGGGGCACCUGUGCCACGCAAUGGCGAAUUUGUAGCGUUGGCUCCGCCCUUUGAUUCGCUCAGUGUUUGAACUCGGCAAGCUUUGCUUCUCCCUCGUUGCAAUUCCAUACCUACUUGAUUCCCAGCCUUCACCACCGCCGUGAUCCGCCUUCCUGCAGUUGAUUCACCCAUUACGAAGGCUGAAAACAAUUCAUACGAUCGAAUUCUUGAACAGUGACGAGAAUCUAAUCGAGUUGGCCAAUUGAAUGUGGGCAUUAUGGGAUUGAGUUCAGCUUUUUCUGUUUGAAGUGCAAGGUUGCAAAACGAAAUUCCAGUGAAUAAGUAGAAGAGUAAGAGAAGAGGAUAAAGGCUCAGAAGAGAUUUUCCUUAUUUGGCCAAUCAAUUGAAUCUUUUUGUAUGGCUAAUUUGAUGCAAUAAGAGAUGCCACAACAUAUCUCACAUCAGCAAGGGCGCAUCAAUCUCAGUGACCUCAAGUUGCAGAUAGCAAAGCAGCUUGGUCCUGAUCGAACGCGGAUGUAUUUCGGCUGCCUGAACAGGUUCCUGGCUCAGAAAGUAACCAAGACUGAAUUCAACAAGCUCUGCUUCCUGAUUCUUGGUCGAGAAAGCAUACCGUUGCAUAACAAGCUCAUCCGGUCCAUCCUCAGGAAUGCAUAUGUGGCAAAAACCCCUCCACCAGUCGGGGAAAGGAUUGUCUUCAAUCAAACUGGAGCUUUUGUGAAGAAAUCCCUUCAUGAAAAUGAUCCUUUAAGCCAGUCACAAACUGCAACGCCAUCUCCGCUUGUUCAUUGCAAUGGUGAUAUCUUGCCUCCAUCUCCUCGCAAGAAAAGAACUCGGAAGAGUCCUCUAGGAUUAAAUGGAACGGCUAAUGCGUACGCCCAACAAUCCUUUGUACCAUCUCUUGAAAUUUCAAUUAAAGAGAAUGGUAUGUUGGGAUCUGGAGAUAGGAAGAGGCCAGUCCAGCAUUAUCAAAGUGGACUUGAAGAGCAGCCAGCAAAGCUUCCACGCCUGGAGAAUUCAUUGCUUCAUGAUCAAAUUUCCUUGCAUCAAAAGGGCUUGAUCAAAUCUGUUGCCAUGGAAGAUGGUGAAAAGUUAAAAGAAAGCAAUGAUCUCAAUUCCACCAUAAGGGCCGAACAUCCUUUUGUACCAUCCGCUGAAACUUUAAUCAAAGAAAAUGGCAUAUUGGGUCCCUGUGAUUGGAAGAAUCAAGUGCAGCAUUAUCAAAGUGGACUUGCAGAGCAGCAAAUAAAGAUUCCACGCAAAGGGAAUUCAUUGCUUCCUGAUCAAAUCUCCUUGCGUAGAAAGGUACUGGUCAAAACUCUUGCAUUGGAAGAUGAGAAAAAGUUAAAAGAAAGCCAUGAUCUCAAUUCCACUAGAAGACCUCCUCGUCCACCAGUUGGAGCAACUUUCUGCUCUCCUCGUGUUAGUGGGACAAGGAGAUCUUUUUCUGCAGCUAGUAAUUCCACUUGUGGUAAUAGUAAUUAUGAUAAUGGCGAGCUGUGCGAUACAGAAGAAUUGAGAAAGUUAAUGGAAAAAGUUGCAGAAGCACAAGGAAUAGGGGUGACGUUGGAUAGUGCCAAUUUACUGAAUAAUGCUUUGAAUACUUAUUUAAAGCGACUUAUAAAGUCUUCUGUUGAGCUUGCAAGAGCUAGGUCAACGCACGAACCAACAAAACAUCCAGCUUUCAAUGGUUUUUGGCCAGGAAACCACCAUGUACAAAAUAGUGUAGAGUCUUUGAAUGUUAAUAAUGAGCAUAGAAACCAGUACAUGAUAUCUUUGCAAGAUUUUCAGGCUGCAAUGGAGCUUCAUCCCCAACAACUUGGGCAGGGCUGGCCUUUGCUACUUGAGAAGAUUUGCAUGCGUUCAUAUGAAGAAUAAGGAACAUCUGAGCCAAAUUUCUCUGGUUCAUAAUUUCCGAGAAGAUAGAUUGUUUGGCUCGCUUGUACAUUGUAACAGUAGCUCCAUGACCAGGUAUAACAAAACCAGGGAUUGAAAGCUUGAAUGUAAUUAACAACAGCCUUCAUGGAAGAAGUUUUUGACAAUUUUGCAGCACUGAUUUUUAGCUUAAUUUAGGUCCCAGUGUAUGUAUUAGCAAUUAGCAAAAUUUCUUUAGUGGCUUCAUUAGUGACAGGAUAUUGCCAUUUCAAAGGCAGUUGUAAUUGGUUUAUAUUGAUUUCUAAUUCAGUUUUUUUUAUGAUUUU